GGCAAAUGGAUCCUCUGCCUCUCUCCCACUCUCCCUCGUCAUCUCUGCACUCUGUCACAAUCCCAAAAAAACUCUCGGCUUUUCGCAAUUUUAGGGGCUUCUGGCUACCGCAAAACCCUCGCUCUCCUCUCCGUCUCUGUCUGGCGCUUCUCCCACACGGCCCUCAGACAACCAACAUUCCAAUUCCGAGCAAACAGAGUAACGAAAAUUUUCGAAAUGCAACAUCCUAACCCUUUUAUUUCAUUUUUUUGUUAUUUCUGUUGACUCCUCGCAUAGCUAAUUUCCCACUAAUCCACUUCUAUUUUUUUUUUUUUUCUUGUUUUGGUCUACCUAUGCCCAAAAAAAAAUUGAAUUGAAUAAAAUAAAAGAGUUUUGUUUCGGGCAGCGAUUUUGAGGCAGAGGCAGAGGCAACCUCCAAUCCAGAUACGCCGGUGAGUGGCCAACCACCUCGGCCAGAACUGCAUGCGAGGUUUAAUCUGCAAUUUUCUCAAGGUCCCCUCAACUGGAUUGGCGUUUUGCACCUACGCAUUAUUCUCUGGCUUGAGGUUUUGGGUUUUCGAUCGUUAUAGAUAUUUGUUUCAAGUGCUAUAAACGCUGGGUUUGGAUUAUCAAGAGGAUUCUGGUCAUUAUCGUGAGACGAGUAUUUAUUGUGUUUGAGGCUUCGAGGUUUUAUGUCGCACCUUUUCUGUAUUUGUCAAGGAAACAGUGCUGAUAAUCACAAGGGAUUAUUGCAACAAAGGAAUUGAAAAUCGUGAUACAUUGGGAUUUGUGGUUCUUGAUUGUGCAAAAUUGAGAGUACCCAAAUUCCGAAUUUUGGGGGAAAUGCUUUGCAGAUUGUGAUAAUUGAAGAAAAUUGGGGGGGAAAUUUGGGAUUCUCAAGGGAAAUGCAGUUGUACCCUUGUGCUUAAUGCUAGGGGUUUUGAAAGGUUGAUUGUGCAGAUUUGGAGACAUCAAGUGCAUUUGGCAACAGGGUGAUUAUGGGCUGCAUUUGCUCAAAGGGAACCUGUGCAACUGCUCAACCUGAUGAGAGUGGUAAAGAUAGGCAGUUGAAUUACAAGCCUUCAGCAACGCCAGUUGCCCCCUCAAAGAAAGAGGAGAUUGUUGUGGAGAUUAGGACCAAUGGGUAUGUUCAUCAUCCGAGCUCUAAGCCUGCAGUGCAAGCUAAUGUCAGGGUUCCAGUGCCUGAUGAGGAAGAGAAGGCACUUACAAGUGCAGAAAGAGGCAUUAAAACCCAUCAUCAGAGACGGGCAACGGUGGAUAUAGGAGUAAACGUAGCUCACGCACCUAUUUCUAGAAUAGUUAGCAUGCCGCAUGGUGCUGAGGGUGAGCAGGUUCUUGCCGGUUGGCCGUCUUGGCUAUCAUCAGUGGCAGGAGAAGCCAUCAAAGGUUGGGUGCCUCGAAGGGCAGACUCAUUUGAGAAGUUAGACAAAAUUGGGCAAGGAACUUACAGUAGUGUGUACAAAGCUCGUGACCUUGAAACUGGUAGAAUUGUUGCAAUGAAAAAAGUACGGUUCGUUAAUAUGGAUCCAGAAAGUGUUCGUUUUAUGGCUCGGGAAAUACUUAUUUUGCGUAAGCUUGACCAUCCAAAUGUCAUGAAGCUUGAGGGUCUAGUUACUUCAAGAAUGUCGUGCAGCUUGUACCUUGUCUUUGAAUAUAUGGAGCAUGAUCUUGCUGGGCUUACGGCAACUCGUGGCAUCAAGUUUACUGAACCACAGAUUAAAUGUUAUAUGCAACAGCUAUUCCGUGGACUUGAACAUUGCCAUAGUCGCGGUGUCCUGCAUAGAGACAUCAAAGGCUCUAAUCUUCUAAUCAGCAAUAAUGGAGUUCUCAAGAUUGGAGACUUCGGUCUAGCAACACUUUUUCAGCCUGAUCAAAUCCAGCCGUUAACAAGUCGUGUUGUUACUCUGUGGUAUAGGGCUCCUGAGCUUUUACUUGGUGCCACUGAGUAUGGAGUUGCUAUAGAUUUGUGGAGCACCGGUUGCAUCCUUGCAGAGUUACUUUCUGGGAAGCCUAUCAUGCCUGGGAGAACAGAGGUGGAGCAAAUGCAUAAGAUUUUUAAGCUUUGCGGUUCACCCUCUGAAGAGUACUGGAGGAAAUCUAAAUUGCCACAUGCAACUAGUUUCAAACCACAACAUCCUUACAAGCGUUGUGUUUCUGAGACAUUCAAAGAUUUCCCUCCUUCAGCUUUGGCUCUUGUUGAUAAGCUCCUCACAAUAGAACCAGAGGACCGGGGAAGAGCAGCUUUUGCACUUAAAAGUGAGUUCUUCACAACAAAGCCUCUGCCUUGUGACCCGUCAAGUUUACCAAAAUAUCCUCCAAGCAAGGAAUUUGAUGCCAAGCUUAGAGAUGAAGCAAGAAGGCAAAGGGCAGGGGCUGUAAAGGGACGUGGACCUGAAUCAGUCAGAAGGGGCUCAAGGGAUACGAAGGGAGUGCCAACACCAGAGUUCAAUGCUCAGGGGCAGGCAUGGCAGGUGCAGUCAAACCUUAAAGGCAGCAAUGCAGAAUACAGUGGUUCUGGAUAUCCAAUUGAACCGCCUAAAGGGACUGUGCACAGUGGUCUAUCUCAUUCUGCUUCAGUGAUUCACCACAAGGCUGAUGGAUCAUCAUGGACUAAGAAGGUAAGGAAUAAUGAAAAUAUGGGUCCAGGACGAACUUCGAGAAAUAAUGCAGAGUUGAAGACACAGAAAUCUCACAUUCCUCAAGGAGCAACAGAUUUGUCCAACUUUUCUCACAGAAAGAAUGAAACUGUGUCCUCCCGGGAAUCAUCAAUGGACUAUGUACCAAAGAAAAACAGAAUCCACUACUCUGGUCCAUUGAUGCCUCCUGGGGGAAAUAUUGAUGACAUGCUUAAAGAACAUGAGAGACAAAUCCAGCAGGCUGUUAGAAAAGCACGUCUUGAUAAGACCAAGACCAAGAAAACUUAUGAGGAUUAUGGGCAGUCCAAUUUAGUAGUUCACGUAACAAAUGGUCGAUAAUCCAGGAGAACCGAAGUCCUGUGGUCUAGUUUGGAAGCGAUUCUGUUUGGAUUUGGUUCCUUUUCACCAGCAAGGAUUUUGCCACCCGCCACAGAGUCUUGUUAAUCUUUUGAUUGACCUACUCAAGUGGAGUUAAAUAGUGUUUGCAAGAACCAAGGAAGAGGGGUCAAGGGUAUUCUAUUGGGGGUUAACCAUGCGAUCAUGUUGCUUGAGAAAGGAUGCCUGCAUUUUUCAUUGGUUUACUACUGUUGCGUGCACUGGGGUUGUGCUGUGAAUGGCUAAGAGUUCCUCAGUCCAAGCCACUACAUGCACAGAUGCUGUAUAAUUCCAACAUUGCUCUCCAUUCGCAGCUGUAUUUUGAAUAUGGAAUUAUAGAAAUUUGCUCUCUGUGACAGGGUUUUAUUUUUUUGUGAACAUAAAUAUGGUUAUAGAGCCUCUUAGAGCUGAGUGCCUCA